AUGUAUGCAAACUACAGGUCCGCGACGGCAGGCAUUUUUAUAGCAGCUGGGUCCACUGCACAAGAGUUUGACGGUGAUGGUGCUACAGGUUCGCUACGCACUGUUCGGGUGAUGUUCAAGCCACUUCUACUUGGGGGGGUGGGGGGUAGUGCUGGCGGCUAUGUGGUAGUUGGAAUGGGUGAGGCUGCGCACUGUGAACGGUUGGAGAAUAGUACUUAA